CAAAAGAUUCAGGAUGCUCGUUCCUCAUAAAAUUCCCACCAUGGUUACUCAUGAUAUCCGUUCGAUUGUUAAUUUUGCCGAGUAAAACGGUCUCGUCGUGUUGCGGAAUGCAGGAGUCUCCUUCAGGCUUCAGAAUGGCAUGCAAGGACAAACUCCUUGGCAGCAGAAUAUUUUCCAACGGAAUUAUAACGGAGCCAUUAUUCACGAGAUUUGAUGCUGUGUCCACCUUUUCCAUUUGCUGCCAAGCCUUGAUUUUGUGAUCCCACCGGGCAUUGCAUAAAAGCAAAUUGUUGGAAUUGGGGAAAGCCGUCGGGUCCCAUGUGACAUAGAAGUCAUGCUGAGUUUCUAUGUAGUCCAAGUAGAAGGAGUUUUUAUCGUUCCGGGGCUCGUUGAUCACCUGCAAAGGCCCGCUGUGACUUUCUCCGUCUUUGAUCACGAUUUCAAUUGUGAUCCUGGUUGACUCAUACAAGGUUGGUACGAAGCAGAAGGCAAGGUUUUUGUCUUGCACGUAGGCCUGGACUGUCAUGGAGCUGAGUUUGUCGUCGUGGUACCCAUCGUGGAAAACGCAAUUCACGGGGCCAUCGACUGGAAAGCAGGGACCUCUAACCUUGAUUUCUUGGUACCCCAUAACCGCCACUGUUGAUGGCUUUGCUAAGAGGAUGUCUUCAGCUGCUUGUUUGAAAAUUUCUGGCUCAUCCACGAUUUCGCUGUACGACACGCCCUUUUUAUGCGUCGAAGUUGCAUCCACCCAAAAGGGAGCUAUGAUCGGAGGCAUGUCUUCCUUCUCAUCACAAGUGUCAAAAUAUUCUAGGAAAAGUUGGUCGAAUACUAUGUACCCGUUUGGACUUAUGGUGAGAUAUAUCGGAGAAGACAAGCAGUCGUCGCAUACGGGGCCUUCGGUCGUCCCUUUGCCUGGAGGAAGCAUCCCAUUUGUGGCCCGAGUCAGCCACAAUGCGGAAAAGACGUUUGGGAAGCAACUAGUCGCCUUCGCUGUGUCAGGGCUGAAAGGAACUCCGGAUAAUCCCUUCGCUUAUAUGAAAAAAGAUCAUCAUUCUUUGAAAUACGCGCAAGAGGACUUGAACAUCGGAGCUGGCUUUGACAUGAACACUGGGAUAUUCACUGCCCCCGUGGACGGAAUCUACUAUUUUUCAUGGUACGGGUGCGACAAGGAGUACAGUUCAGAUUUCCAUUACAUGGUUUGGAUAAAGCAUGAAGGGCAUCCCGAUGCUCAGAUGCAAGGUAUCAAUAUGCCUUUCCUCCACGGAGAUACUGGGUCCAUUGCGACCAUUUCUACCAAGGGUUACGUGUACAUGAAGAAGGGUGACGUAGUUUCCACUGAAAUAUACGGCUCUCUGUUCUACAGUGUCGAAAAUCCGGGGGGUUUCAAGGAUUUUCCCGAAUAUGUGGGAUUCUCGGAUUUCCGGUGCAAAAAUUGCAGCAUCCGGCGAACAAUGUUACAAAACGAUUCCCAACCAAUAAAGAUUGAUGCUGCAACGUAUUUGUUGGGCAAAGAUUAA